AAGGGCAUGGGGUGGGGGACGUCGGGACUUUCGGUGCCGCCUCUUUGGCUCUGGAGUCUUGUCACCCAACUGACAAGAAAGUUGUCUUUAUUUCAAGAAACCGGUAGAAAAGAAAACCCUGCCGCUGUAAAACUGAGCUGACGAGAAGGAGGGUGUGCAGCUGUGAGUUCAAGAGCUACCGGACCCUAAAGGCAGGGUCCAGCACCCUACGCGCCCCGACCUUGUACGCCCUACCAUGGGAACCCAAAAGCCGCGAAUUCUGCCCUGGUUGGUGUCACAGCUGGACCUGGGGCACCUGGAGGGCGUGGCCUGGCUGGACGGGAGCCGCAGGCGCUUCCGCAUCCCUUGGAAGCACGGCUUGCGGCAGGAUGCCCAGCAGGAGGACUUCGGCAUCUUCCAGGCCUGGGCCGAGGCCAGUGGUGCCUAUACCCCUGGGAAGGAUAAGCCGGAUCUGCCAACCUGGAAGAGGAAUUUCCGGUCUGCCUUGAACCGGAAGGAAGUGUUGCGUUUAGCAGAGGACCGGAGCAAGGACCCCCACGACCCGCACAAGAUCUACGAGUUUGUGACAGGAGUUGGCUACUUUCCUGAGUUGGACACCUCUCCAGACACCAACAGCAGAUGCAGUGCCUCUGAUACCCAGGAAGACAUUCUGGAGGAGUUACUGAGUGACUUGGUCUUGGUCCCAUGCCCAGAUGGGGGGCUCUCGAGCCUGGCGGUAGCCCCUGAGAACCCCCCGCAGUUCUUACCGACCGCUGGCUUGGACAGCCCUGUUCCCUGCCCAAACUUGGAAUCCCCUGAAAACCCACUGAAACGGCUGCUGGUGCCCGAGGAAGACUGGGAGUUUGAGGUGACUGCCUUCUACCGGGGCCGCCAAGUCUUCCAGCAGACUGUCUUCUGCCCAGGGGGCCUGCGGCUAGUGGGGCCAGAAGCCGGGGACAGCACACUCCCAGGGCAGCCAAUAAGACUGCCAGACCCUGGGGUGUCCCUGACAGACAGGGCCGUGAUGGGCUACGUGAGGCGUGUGCUGAGCUGCCUGGGCGGAGGACUAGCUCUGGGGAGGGCGGGGCAGCAGCUCUGGGCCCAGAGGCUGGGGCACUGCCACACAUACUGGGCCGUGGGCGAGGAGCUCCUCCCGGACAGUGGUCAUGGGCCCAACGGCGAAGUCCCCAAGGACGAGCAAGGAGCCGUGUUCGACCUGAAGCCCUUCGUGUCAGAUCUGGUUGCCUUCAUCGAAGGAAGUGGACGUUCGCCACGCUACACCCUCUGGUUCUGCGUGGGGGAGCCAUGGCCCCAGGAGCAGCCGUGGAUCAAGAGGCUCAUGAUGGUCAAGGUUGUUCCCACGUGCCUCAGGGCCCUGCUGGAUAUGGCACGGUUAGGGGGUGCCUCCUCCCUGGAGAACACUGUGGACCUGCACAUUUCCAACAGCUACCCACUCUCCCUUACCUCGGACCAGUAUAAGGCCUACCUCCAGGACCUGAUCGAGGACAUGGAUUUCUAGGUCCCUUCUUCUCAUGGGUGCAGGCCCCUUGCUCCUCACCUUGACCAAUAAACUUUAUUUUUGCCAGUUA